GGUUUUUGGAAGUACAGCGGCGCGGUGGUUUAUGGGUAGUGUAGUCGGCUGACAGUGUGGUGAGUCAUGGCGGCCACGGUGGUGUUAGCGGUGGUGCUGGGCUGCGGAGUGAUCCUCAUCGCCCGGAGAAUGUUCUCCAGGCGCAGGACUGUUCUCCGCUUCCCCGCCGGUACGAUGCGUGGGAAAACGGUCAUCGUGACGGGCGCGAGCAGCGGGAUCGGUAAGGCCACGGCGACCGAGCUGUUCAGGCUGCACGCGCGGGUCAUCAUGGCAUGUCGGGACCGCGCGAGAGCCGAACAGGCGGCCACAGAAAUCCGCGCAUGCGCGGGAAGCUGUGACGGCGAGCUGGUCAUCAAGCACGUGGACCUGACGUCACUGAGAUCCGUGCGCGCGUUCUGCCAGGAAAUCUUCCAGGAGGAGCCGAAGCUCGACGUGUUGAUUAACAACGCGGGUGUGUUCCGCUGCCCGUACUCUAAAACGGAGGACGGUUUCGAGAUGCAGUUGGGUGUGAACCAUCUGGCUCACUUCCUGUUAACCCACCUGCUGACAGAGCUGAUGGUACGUUCCGCCCCGAGUCGCAUCCUCAUCGUCUCCUCCAAACUUUACAAAUAUGGCAGCAUCCGAUUCGACGACAUGAACAGCGAGCGAAACUACGACCCCGCCUUCUGCUACAGCCAGAGUAAACUAGCUAAUCUGCUGUUCACGCGAGAGUUAGCGAGGAGACUGGAGGGGCGGGGCGUGACGGUGAACUCCCUCUCCCCUGGGAUGGUCAGGACCAACCUGGGCCGCCAUGUCCAGGUCCCCCUCCUGCUGAAGCCCCUCCUCUUUCUGGGGUUAUGGCUGUUCUUUAAGAGUCCAGAAGAGGGAGCUGAGACACCGCUGUACCUCGCCUGCUCUCCUGACGUGGCUAAUGUGACUGGGAAGUUCUUCUCUAACUGCCAAGAGGAAUUGCUCCUGCCUAAAGCAACGGACGACGACACAGCAAAGCGGCUAUGGGACCUGAGUGAGACCAUGGUGGGGAUAAAGAGCUGAGCUGGAUCUGACUGGUUAAAUACGUUGAUGAUGUUCUUCUGCUUCUAACAAAACCACUCUAAAUGAUUAGUAAAUAUGUUUAAAGAUGUUCCGUGUGGUCUGUACAAUAUGUGCUUAUACACGUGUGCAUGAACAGAAACGCUCUUCAGAACGUUUAUGAUGUUAAAGCAGUACCCCGUUCUGAAGUGAUUAUUCAUUUAGACUUUUAUUUACAGUGUUGGGGUUCAGAACAGAUCCGUGUAAAGAACAAACUGAGGUGUAACUCCUCCUCCUAAUUUACAAACCUACAAGUGACAGGAAGUAUCCUGAGGUAGCGCUGAACGCAUGACGCAGCACUGCACUUGAAUUACAUUUACAGAGAAACCUGCUGGUUCUUGUGUCCAGUUUCCCUCUCAGAACAUCUCUGAGGAGUGAAGUGUCCAUCAGUCUCUCUCCUUCACGACUGAAGUCUCUACAGAUGGAUUUAGAAGUGCACAUCAGCUCCAUCACUUCAGAAUGUACUGCACUGUGUGUCCUGCUAAGAGCUGUGAGCGGUGUGUGAUCGGCGCCCCCCGGUGGCUCUGUGUGGGUGUGUGUGUGGCUGCAGAUCUUUCAGAAAUACUGAAUAUUAAUAAAAUAAUUGUGAUGAUG